AAAUGAACAAAUUUAUUGUACUAACCGUACUAUUGGUUUCAAGUGCAUUGGUGACCGCUAAUCAUAUGAAUAUUGAUACUGGAGGAGGAACUUCAUUCAUGCUUCAUGAGCAAAGUGCAGAUCCUGGAUGGAGAAGGAUUCACUUUCAGAUGGUUUUAGAUGGCAAUCUUCACCUCUAUGAUACAGCCACUACUAUAUGCUUCCACUCUGAUGAUAGCUUCAAUAUAGCUGAUGGAUCAGUAGGAUUUGGAAUGGGUUUCCUCUGUACUAUUUCUGAAUGUACUUCCAAUCAUCACUUGCAUACUCUCUUGUUUGGAUCUCACUAUACAGCAGCAGGAUACUGGGCUGGAGAUGGUGUUGAUGCCUCUCAUACUAAUACUGGUGUUGGAAACUUGAAUGACGGAAUGCAUCCAGAUACUAUUUUCAAUAUGGAAUCAAGCUUAGCUGCUGAUAUUAAUCUUCCAGAAUUUGGUGGUGCUGACGAUGCUCAUUUAAAAUGCUUCACUCGUUUAAAUGGAACAUACUCUGAAGAUAACCUCUUGACUGAUAUUCACCUUGAUGGUGACUGGCAGGAGCAUACUAUCACAAUUGAAGGAACUACUACAGAUGGUGGCGACAAUCCAGAUGGUGGCGAUAAUCCAGAUGGUGGCGAUAAUCCAGACGGUGGUGAUAACCCAGAUGGUGGAGAUAAUCCAGACGGUGGUGAUAACCCAGACGGCGGCGAUAACCCAGAUGGCGGCGAUAACCCAGAUGGUGGUGAUAACCCAGACGGCGGUGAUAACCCAGACGGUGGUGAUGAUCCAGAUGGUGGUCUUCUUGACGUUGAUAUUGAUAUUGGUGAUCUUGGUGUUGACCUUAAUGUCAGUCCAUAGAUCUAAACAAAUCACACUGUUUGUGGUCGAUUCUAUACCAUAAUUCUUCAAUA